AUGUCCCGUCGCGCACUCCGUCUUUCCUCGCAGCUCACCUGCUCGGCGCGCGCAUACCAUUCGGGCAAGCCUGGCCCGAAGGUGUGCGCCACCGCCGACGAAGCCGUCCGGGCCGUCAAGUCCGGCGAUCGCGUCUUUGUCCAUGGUGUCGCAGCCACUCCCAUCCCUCUGCUCACCGCCCUGGCUAAGCGCCACGACGAGCUGAGACAGGUCGAAUUCUGCCACCUGCAUCUGGACCGCCCCAACCCAUGUGCCACGGAAGAGUAUGCAAAAUCGUUCGUCACCAACAACUUCUUCAUUGGCGCCAACCAGCGCAAGCUUGUGGAUCGUGGAUUCUCGUCGUACAUUCCCACGUUCCUGUCGGAGAUCCCGUCGCUGAUGCGCAGAGGACUCGUUACCCCCGAUGUCGCUUUCCUCAAUGUUUCUCCUCCGGACAAGCACGGCAUGUGCUCUCUUGGUGUCGAAGUCGCCACGGCCCUCCCAGCCACUCAAACUGCCAAGAUCCUCAUCGCCCAAAUCAACCCCUCGAUGCCCAGAACCCACGGCUACUCUUUCGUGCACUACAGCAACCUCGACUAUGUCUUCCAUGUCGACGAGCCUCUGCCUUGUCACGUCAGCAGCGAGCCCAGCGAGGUCGAGGCCAAGAUCGGCAAGAUCAUUGCCGGACUCGUCAGCGACGGAGCCACUCUUCAGAUGGGCAUCGGCGCCAUCCCCGAUGCUGUUCUCGCCUCGCUUUCCAACCACAAGGAUCUCGGAAUCCACACGGAAAUGUUUGCCGAGAGGGCCAUCGAUCUGAUCCAGAGCGGCGUCGUCACCAACCUCCACAAGACCUUCAUGCCCAGUAAAACCGUGACCUCGUUCGUCAUGGGCUCGCAGCGUCUCUAUGACUUUGUCGACGACAACCCCGGCAUCUCCUUCUGGGACGCCUCUGUCGCCAACAACCCCCGAAUCAUCGGCAGCAACCCCAAGGUCACGGCCAUCAACUCGGCCGUCGAGGUCGAUAUCACCGGCCAGGUCUGCGCUGACUCGAUCGGCACCAAGAUGAUCUCUGGUGUCGGUGGCCAGGUCGACUUUGAGCGCGGUGCGGCCAUCUCCCAGGGCGGUGUCCCGAUCAUCUGCUUGCCCUCGACCGCCAAGAACGGCGAGUCCAAGAUUGUCCUGACUCUCAAGGAGGGCGCCGGUGUCAUUACCACUCGCAACCAUACCCACUACGUCGUUACCGAAUACGGAGCUGCCUAUCUCUUCGGAAAGAACAUGGUCGAACGUGCCGCCGCCUUGAUAGAGAUUGCCCAUCCCGAUCAUCGCGAAGAGCUCGAGCGCGGAGCGUUUGAACGCUUCAAGGUCAAGACCUGGAGGCACUAA